AUGCCAAAAAGCGAUCGUCACCGGAUGUUUCCCGGGAAUUCUACCCCGCAAAAGGGCCCUAGUAGCCUGCGAGGUAUUGACUGCAUCUACCGCGAUAAGCGGUCUGAUCACUCUACAUAUGAUCUGGCCAGCCUUGAGAUCCUGGAUAAGAUAGGACAUCUGACGAAGGUUGUGGAAACGCAGAAUUUGCAGAUAUCGGGGUUAGUAUCUAGCUGGCUUGGUGACAAGAAUUCUCCGAAUGCACUUCCCUUGCUAGGCCCUGUCAGCAACAAUGAACACUUGGAUGCGUCUGGAUCCCGCUCCAACCGGGCUUCUUGUUUAUCCGAUGACAUCAACCUUUGCUGGUCCGGACCUCUAGACGAAGCUACCUUACUCGCGGAGUCACUCACCGUUGCCGAAAAGUACAAAGGGACGUGUGAGGAUUUACUGGAUUGGCCUAUCUUCGAAGGCAAAUACGAUCGCUCUGAAACAGAGAUGUUGAUUUUCAAUCCGGCUCUAGCCCGUGACAGUCAACAACGUAUCCCGGGUUUCUCUGUCGCGGCUGAUUCUGACCGACGGUCUGGAUAUGACAGAGGAAUCCGGGAAGAGGACGUCCCGGGCCUCCUUGAUCGUUUCCUGGUCAAUGUGCACAUCAAGAAUCCUAUUCUAGAUACGAAUGAUACCAUGCGUAUGGGAAAGGAUAUUGCUGAAAAUGGAUUCAAAUGGGAUGCGCCAUCGUGCCUCGUGGUAUGA